AUGAAAACAAAAAAGAGUGUAGAUCAGUCUACUCUUGAAAGUCACUCAACUAUAAACCUUCUAACGACACACUAUUCCCUUCUAUCCACAGGUCUUGCUUCAACAGCAGAUCCAACCUGCCGACCAUUUUCAGCAUCUCCAGUUGCCUCCAGGCCAACUUGCUCUCAUCUCCAAAGUAAACUUCAACAGCCAACUCAGCCACUUCGACAGGAACAGGCUCCUUACGAAAAGCUUUCCGACGGUCUGGACCUCUCCGGCACAAUACAGACAUCAGGAGCUCUGAAUCUCCCUGCAUUUUCGUCCUCUAUCUCUGGUUCUGACGAUGGAGGUGUCUGUGUUUGCAAUAGUAUCGGAACCGACAGUUGUGGCGGCGGACCGUUUACUUCACAGUCCACUGAUUUCGUCGGAACAAUUGACUCCUCGUCUUCUUCACCUUGUUCUGUAGCCUUUUCGCCAACUAUCGGUCGUGCCGAAACGAUUUCUUUGACCACGCGAAGUGUCGAUGAGGUCCCGAUGGAUCUGCGGCGUACUCUUAUCCAGCCAGAAGAACUAUGCCAGAGUCCUUUCUCUGCACAACAGUUGGCUAGACCUUCGGAACCAGGUUGGUGCCCAUCUUUAAUCGGAUCUGUUAACCCCAUUUCCUUUGCUUCCACAAUUAUUGCUGAAUUAUAG